GGAAAAGUAAUCACUUGGCUAUAAUCAUCGUUAUUUCAUUUACUACAAUAUUUGCCGUCACCUGCUGGUUCUUUAUGCAAAAGCUGCGGAACAAUGAACAGGAGAAUUCACCGGAACAACGAACGAACUACGCACAAACAUCGAAAAAUUUUCGAAAUUUUUGGUAUGCACGGCAACUUCAACGGCUGCCGCAUGGUUGGCUGCAAGCCGGAAAUAUCAUGUAUAAUCCGGAAGAUCGUCUUGGACAUGGAUGCGAAGGAACUGUUGUGUUCAGGGGUAAAUUUGAUGGUAGAGAAGUAGCUGUGAAACGGGUUAUUGCUGAUAUUCGACUUGCAGACCGUGAAGUUGAUCUUUUACGUGAAAGCGAUGCUCAUCGAAAUGUUAUCAGAUAUUUCUGUAUGGAAUCUGACAGCAAUUUUCGCUAUAUUGCAUUGGAGUUAUGUGAUUAUUCACUAUUCGAUUACGUGGAAAGAAAGGAAAUUCGCGAGCAGUGUCCCCUUAUCCCAUUGGAAAUUUUGCAUCAGGCAACUGAAGGUCUUGCGUAUCUUCACAGUAUAAACAUAGUGCAUCGUGAUAUGAAACCGCAAAAUGUACUGCUAUCAAGAGGUGCCAGGCAAGAUGCAGUACGAGCGUUGAUCUCAGAUUUUGGCCUUUGUAAGAGACUUCAAGCAGGUCGUAAUUCGUUAUCACGAAGAUCUGGUCUUAUAGGCACUGAUGGUUGGGUCGCACCAGAAGCUUUAAUAUCAGAUGCAAGUAUUACUUGCGCUGUUGAUGUCUUUUCGCUCGGCUGUAUUUACUAUUAUGUAUUAACAAAUGGAAAUCAUCCAUUUGGAGAUGCGUUGAAACGACAAGCAAAUAUCAUGCAAGGAGAAUAUAGCUUGAAAUUACUGACUACAACCGGUAACUUGAUGGCAGUUAAGCUGAUUGAAGCGACGCUGCGACGUGAUCCAUUGCUUCGUCCGAUGUCAAGUACUCUAGCAAUACACCCAUUUUUCUGGAACAAAGAACAUCAACUUAGGUUUUUCAUGGAUGUCAGCGAUCGCAUCGAAAAAUUAAGUGAAAAUAGUUUUUUAUUACGUCGCAUAGAGGAAAAUGCUCGCUGUGCUAUCGGUUUUAAUUGGCGUCAAGCUAUUUGCCCCGUUCUUGCAAUUGAUUUACGCAAAUUCCGAACCUAUAAGGGUAAUAAAGUUCGAGACCUAUUGCGAGCAAUGCGGAACAAAAAACAUCAUUAUCAGGAAUUACCUACAGAAGUGCAACAAUCGCUCGGUCAAGUUCCUGAUCAAUUUGUUACCUAUUUCACAGAUAGAUUCCCGCAGUUAUUGCAACAUACGUACGAUGCAAUGAUUUGUUGUGCUAACGAGCAUGCCUUCGCUAGGUAUUACUCGGAAGAAGCGCGGAAAAAGGCUGAUGAAUUUGCAAUUGAAAUGGUGGCAAGUGAAAUAAAAGAGUGCGAAGCUGAGAUGAAAGAGACAGAAAUUGAAAAUAAAGAGAGAGCAACCGCCGAUGGACCAGAUGAUAAAGAAUCAGAAAUUGGGAGGAUCACAGCUGAUGCAACCUUACAAGAAGUAGGAAUAGUUAUGGCAGAAGAUCCUAUUGCAGCUGCGGAUAAUCCUCAUCGGAAUCGAAAACGUAGGAAACGUCCCAAACACUAGUAUUAAUUGAGCUUUCUCGUCCUUUAUAUAUAAGCAA